AUGGACUACGUGCGACUGAACGGUCACUUCACGAACAUCUCCAUCGUCGCUGUGUACGCACCAACUUCGGCUGCUGAACAGCGCGAUAAAGAGGCAUUUUACUCGCAGUCGCAUGCGCUAGUUGAAAGACUGCCUCGCCGCGAUCUGCGGAUUGUUGCUGGCGAUUGGAAUGGUCGAACUGGACCUGGCGACCCCACAACCAGUCAUCAUCUUGACCGCUUUGGGCUUGGUUCCCAAUGUGAAAAUGGUGAGAGAUUGCUGAACUUAGCUGAUCGAAACCGACUGCUUGUCACCAACACAUGCUUCCAGCAUCGCAAAAAACAUCUGCUGAGCUGGUAUUCAAACGACGGUCGUACGGCCAGUCAGAUUGACUACAUACUAGUCAGCUCAAGGUUCCGCAGCUGGGUUCACGACAGCAGAUCGAUGCGUGGUGCCGCCCAUGGGUCGGACCAUGUCCUCGUCCGUACACGCCUGAAAGUUCAUCUCUCAUCCGCGCCAAAAAUGCCACGUCCUAGACGCCUCAAUGUCGCAAAAAUCCGGCAAGCCAGCACUGCUGAGGCCCUAAGCAGCGAAAUCCGGAUCUGUUUUACGACCCGAGCCGACGGAGAAGUCAGUAACCAGUGGGCGUCACUGAAGACAUCAGUCUAUGGGGCAGCUGAGAAAAUCCUUAGAUACACCCAGCGACGCCGCAGUGACUGGAUCAGCGGAAGAACCCUGCAGUUGUCUGCUCAGACGGCCAGAGCCAGGUCCCACAACGAUGACUACUUCCUCCAACUUCGGAAGAUGACGGCAAAAUCGGCCAGGGAUGACCGGAAGCAAUAUUGGGCUGAAAUAGCGACAUCCAUGGAACAGGCCUCGAACGUUGGUGACACUCGAAAGCUCUACCGUCUGAUCCGCCAAGUUAGCGGUAAGCCCUCUACACUGAGUGACUCUGUUCGCGAUGUGAACGGCGGCUUUAUUGCUGACAACUCGGCCAAAGUCCAGCGCUGGCGUGAGCACUUUAAGCACCAUCUCAACUUCGAUACCCAACCUACAUCGCCCUUGCUCUCCUCCUCAGCGGAGUUUCUUCCCUCUCCUACCUAUGCAGUGCCAUGCGAUCCCCCCUCCGAGGAAGAAGUGACCGAUGCCAUACGAAAGUUGCGCAACAAUAAAGCACCCGGAGAGGACGGUAUACCCGCUAAAAUCUUCAAGUCUUGUGUCGACACUCUGGCGCCCUGGCACCAUGAGGUGAUUGAACGAGCGUGGAGAGACGAGGUAGUUCCUGAUGACUGGGGCGUAGGCAUCCUUGUACUUAUCCUCAAGAAGGGAGAUAAGACGAGAUGCGAGAACUACCGCGGCAUAAGUCUCAUCGACGUUGCUGCGAAGAUCUUCGCUGUUGUCCUACUUAGGCGAUUCCAGGCUGUGCGUGACUAUAGGACGACGCCCAACCAAGCCGGAUUUCGUGCUGGACGUGGAUGCGCAGAUCAGAUAUUCUCACUGAGGCGCAUUCUGGAAUUUCGCCAUAGCUACCAACAACCGACGGCCCUCUGA